AGGCAAUGGAAGGAAGGAACAGCGCGGGGGAAGAGCGAUUGAUUGCCUCUUAGGUGGUGUUGCGCACCAAUCAUUUUGAUUUGGCUCAACAGUCGUGUCUUGACAAGUUGUGUCUUGGUAAGCGAUGCGUUGCGAUGCGUGCGUCUCGCAAAUAGCGCAUGGUUUGCUCGGCCGAGAGCUCCCCGCCCUGCACGGGCGCCACAAGGGAGGCGAGGAGGGAUGAUGCUCGAUCAAUGAUGCCUUGACGGCCCUGUCGGGAUCGCCACAUGGCAGACUACACUCAAUUUGACUUUCAGACCAACAGUCGACGGCAUCACUCGGGGCUCAGGGGAAGCAGACCAGACAGAAAGGUCCUUCCCUGGACUGUUAGCUUUACGCGUGGGCGCGCGCGAUUGAAGCUCGUUGUUUAUUCUAUUUCUCUUCCUUUUCAAGACAUAGAUCCGAGAAGCUUCUGUCUCUCUAAUUUCCUCCCACUGGCCGCUUUCUCAGCUACAUCCUGUCUGUCGCUAUUCCCCCAAGCUGAUCCCCCCCUCCCCUCUGAUCUACUGCGCGCAACCAGCCGCAUUUACUCGACGACGCCUUUUGCCCGCCGUGCCUCGCGCACCACAGCUACUUGGAUCCAUAGAAUGGCUGGCCCGACUGUUCCCCGGCAGCCCUCAGCCCCGCGCACAAACGGCCACGGCCACAACCCGUCGUUGGGGGACGGCGCCGUUGAGCCCAUCGCCCUCUCGGCCGUGCUCCCGCCCCUGAUCCUCGGCACCGCCACCUUCAACACCCAGUACGUCCACGACCCCACCAAGCUACCCGUCCACGACAUCAUCAGGCGCGCCUUUGAGCUGGGCAUCCGCGCCUUCGACACGUCUCCCUACUACGGCCCCGCCGAGAUACUCCUGGGCGAGGCCAUCAGCGCCGCCGUCCAAGGCGGCGACGGGAGCAGGGGCAGCAGCAACGGAGCCAACGACGUCCAGGACCAGAACGGCCACCACGGCCAGCCCCAGCAGCAGCAGCAGCCGCCGCCGCCACGGCACCCACGCGCCUCGUACCUCCUCAUCAGCAAGGCCGGCCGCGUCGGCCCGGCCUCGUUCGACUACAGCCCCGCCGCCAUCACCGCCUCGGUCUACCGCUCGCUCGAGCGCCUGCGCACCCCCUACCUCGACCUCGUGUACCUGCACGACGUCGAGUUCGUGACCGACGCCGACGUCCUUGGCGCCAUGCCGGCACUCUGGGACCUGCAGCGCCGCGGCAAAAUCCGCCAUGUCGGCAUCAGCGGCUACCCGAUCCCACGCCUAUUGGACCUGGCCGAGAAGAUCGCCGCGCUGGGGCGCAGCGGCGGCGGCGCGGGCGCUCCCGAGCCCGCGCCCGGCUCCCGCGCCCUCGACGCCAUCCUCAGCUACUGCCACUGCACCGUCCAGAACACGGCCCUGACCGACCCGGCCACCCUGGCCCGCUUCCGCGCCGCCGGCGUCGACGUCGUCCUCAACGCCAGCAUCGUCGCCAUGGGCCUGCUCGCCCCCUCCAUCUCGGUAGGGCCCCAGGGCGCCUGGCACCCGGCCCCCGAGGGCUUGCGCGCCGCCUGCGUCGACAUGCGCGCCGCCGUCGCCGCCCAGGGCGGCGGCAGUAGCAGCAGCAGCAGCAGCACCCUCGCCCGCAUCGCCAUACGCUUCGCCCUCGAGACGUGGGGCCGCGCCGCCGCCGUCGCCGGGCUCGCCGUCGGCGGCGGCGGCAAGGUCGGCGCCACCGUCAUUGGCGUCACCACUGUCGAGGAGCUCGAGGAGACGGUGGAGGAGUGGCGCGGCGUCGUCGAGGACCUCGGGCUGAGGCUCCACCAGCCCGCCGUGGGCGAGGAGGGGGGUCUUGCGAAUGGCAGAAGCUGCCGUGCCGCAAUAGACGCUUCCGGCGGCCACACCGAGGCCGCCGCGGGGCCGUCUGCCGUGGGCGAGUUUGUCAGGCGGGUGCUAUGGCCAAUACUUGGGGACUGGAGAGACUACAGUUGGGAAAGUCCGCCACAAGGGUGGUUUGUCACGCACCCCAACGGCAACGGCACGUGAAGGACAAACUCCGGCUCUCUCCCGCUCACGGACCAUCCCGGGCGUGUUUUCUGCGUCUGUCGUUCGUUGCGCGCGUUUCCUCGCUAGAACCUACCUACCUACCUAGUUAAUAUCCUCUUGGCUGCCUAGGUUCGUGAAGCAUAUAGCAACUUGUUUAAAAUUAGCGAGUGGCAUUUUCACCAUCACGUGGUCGGUCCAUGCUCAUGCUGGUUUGAUAAACCACUCGCGCGCGUAUCAAGGUACCUAGAGAAAAGGACGAGGAAAGUCACAGCGGUUACGUUCUGCAAGACGAGGUUGCGGCAGAACGACGACGUCACCAGCCACUGUGCCAUACAGAGAACAGUUAAGUCGACUCUGUGCUAUGUCGAUACGAGGAACGAAGCCAUCUUCGGCAGGAGGACGGACAAAAUCAGACCAUGCCCCGGCGCCAACCAACCAAAAUCACUACUGCGUAAUGCCGAUUCCGACGCCCUGCAACAGCCCCGCAAGCCCUGGGAGCCGUCAGGGCAGAUCUAAAUGAUAGAGAUCACGUUCCAAACAACGGUAUGUCCCAAAAAGCAAAACAACAAGAGAGAGGUAUUAAGGAAAGGAGGUUGAGAGAUGGGAAGGGGAAUGGGGAUGCGGGGCAAGAAGGAGUGUAAGACGCGCUUGGUAUAUGGGCAGGCAUGGAGGGAUGUCGGGGUUGGCAAAUGUGCCAGGGUUUGCUGCUGGAUUAUAUCGCUCACGAAAGCGCCCGCGCCAGCCCUUCAAAGUCAUUUUCCCUGCUUAGUCAAAUGUGUUCGUUUUGCAUGUGCCUGGCUUUGGCCCUGCUGUGUUUGCGAGCAAGUGUGUCAGGGCGAUGAAGAGACGCCCCCUGUUGGUAAGCCUCAGGCCGAAUUGUGAACCACUUCUGUUGCCCCCA